AUGAUUAACUCCACUCAGUUUUUAUAUUUUACACUUAGUGCGUACUUUGACACAGGGGUUUUAAAAUACUUAUUUUUCAUGUUUAUUUUGUCUUUGUAUAUGUUAAUUGUUUGUUCCAAUGUGUUGGUCAUUGUGGUGAUCUGUAUGAACAGAAGCUUACAUGAACCUAUGCACCUUUUUCUCUGCAGCCUGUUUGUAAAUGAACUGUUUGGUAGUUCAGGGUUGUUUCCAUUCCUUCUGGUUCAGAUCCUCUCUGACAUUCACACUGUUUCUGCUCCACUUUGUUUCCUGCAAAAUUUCUUUCUGUACUGUUAUGGAGGUGUAGAAUUUACUAACUUAGCCGUGAUGUCUUAUGACCGAUAUCUUGCUAUUUGUUUUCCUCUACAAUACAACACACUUAUGACCUUUAACAAGGUUACUGUUCUUAUUGCUGUGACAUGGCUUUUACCUGUUCUACUGUGUGUUGUGAUGACAUCAUUGAGUAGCUCUUUACAGCUGUGUGGGAACAUCAUUGAGAAAGUCUACUGUGACAACUACUCCAUUGUCAAACUGGCCUGUUAUGACACAUCAGUCAAUAACGUCUAUGGACUUAUUGUUGCUGCACUUUCCGUCCUUUGUCCUCUAAUUCUAAUAUUGUACACUUACAUAAAAAUCCUGAGAGUUUGUUUCUGUGGUUCUAAACAGACCCGACAGAAGGCGGUCAGUACCUGCACACCUCACCUCGCCUCCCUGCUCAACUUCUCAUGUGGGGCUUGCUUUGAAUUAUUACAGAGCAGAUUUAAUAUGCACAAUCUGCCCACUACUUUGAGAAUUGUGUUAUCAUUAUACUGGCUUACAUGCCAGCCGGUUUUCAACCCCUUAAUGUAUGGGCUAAAUAUGUCCAAAAUCCGAAUUAUAUGUAAAAGUCUUGUCUUUGCUAAAAUGUAG